UUGUUUUACAGAAGGUGCGGGUGAAAUCACUGCACAGAUUCCAUAUUUAAUAUAACAAGUAAUUAACUAAUAUUCUGGUUUGAAGCAAAGUAUAUAGAAAAUGGACUUACAUGUAGUUUGUAUCUGAUGCUCACCCUUUGUUGUGUUUUCCUUGAUGAAACCAUUAAUCAGUUUCUGAGCAAAGUAUAUAGAAAAUGAUCUUUGCUUCACCCACGAGUUUCAAUCAGAGUUGGUGUGGCUAAUGCAUACUUGAUCAAAUAAAUUGUGAACUUUUUGUAAAGCUAAAACAAGCAAGACAUCAGGCUCACUCCAUCCGUCCAUCUGUUCUUAUUACAAGAACUGUGACUUUACUGUACUCAAUACUUGAAUUUGAUUUCAAGUAAACAAGUUUAGCUUUACUUCAAACAAGCCUAAUGCUUUCUGUCGGAGUUUUGGAUUUUGCUUUUCGAAGCCUGCUUCAUUUUCAUCUCUGUUCAUUAUAUUUUUUAAUAUUACUUCUCUUUACCAAACUCCCCAAGUCAUCUUGGAUUCCAAUCAAUUCUCUGGUUUUUUUAACGAGUUUUUGGAGAUGAAUAGAUUCUUGGGUUCCCUGUGCUCUGAAGUGGGUCAAUAAAUAUGUAGUGAUGCCAAUGCCAGAUGAUGCAAUUCUUGCCGCAUUGGUAUUGCCAUUCAAGAAGCCUGAUAUCUCUUCCACUUCCAGUAUUCUUUGGAACCACCUGCAAGUCCCCAGCAAAGGAAAAAGAGAAGGAUAUUGAGUUGAUAGCAUACAAGAAUUACCAAAACUUCAAUAAUAGGAUCUUCCAAGUUACUUCUGUACACCAAAUUGGUUUGAAACUUGACCCAUUAUCAAGUAUUUUUGAGAUUUUUCAUUUGGCAAGUUCUACAGAUACAUAUCUGCACUAAAAGAUGGACAACAGGCGACAGUCACAAACCAGGGACCAUGUUUCUGUUGAUGUCAAAGAGGAUGCUCUUGUAUCUUCUAUCAAAGACAAGAUGGAAACUGCAAUUACUUCUAUUAGCAUCUCCAGAGUCCCCGAUGAUCUUCGUAAGGGAAAUGAGAAUAUGUAUAUUCCUGAUAAAGUUUCCAUUGGCCCUUUGCACCAUGGAAACACUCUAAAAUCCAUGGAUGACAACAAGUGGCUAUAUGUGUAUGCACUCCUCAAUCGAAAGCCAAAUCUCGAGGCAAGCUUAGAUAGAUGUGUGGAAUUACUCAGAGGAUUGGAGCACAGAGCACGGUUAUCUUAUAAAGAUGGAGUCAACCUCCCAACUGAUGAUUUCGUGCAGAUGAUGUUAGUUGAUGGCUGUUUCAUCAUAGAGCUAUUCUUAAAGUAUACCUUAAAGAAUCUAAGACACAGAAAUGAUCCUAUAUUUAGCACACAUGGAAUGCUCUCUGACCUGAGGUGCAACUUGAUGUUACUUGAAAACCAGAUUCCCUAUUUCAUUCUCCAAAGGUUAUUUCAAAUUGUACCAAUUCCAAGAAAUUGUGGCCUGUCCCUCAAUGAGCUCGCCUUCCGAUUCUUCAAAAGAAUGAUCCCCGGAGAUCUGCAACUGAAAGUUCUUCAGGAGAGAUUUAACCAUGAAGGGUAUCAUUUACUUGACUUGAUCCACCACUGUUUCCUUCCAACAUAUCCAAGAGUUCAACCGAAAGAAGGUGGAACCCAGCAGCAGCAGGGCUUGGAUUGUGCAACAAAACUCAAAAAAGCAAGAAUUAGGUUCAAGAAGUCUCAUGGCAAAAGCUUGUUAGACAUCAAGUUUGUUAAUGGAGUCCUUGAAUUGCCUUCGUUAAAAGUCAAUAAAGAUACAGAAAUCCUUUUCCGGAACCUCAUUGCUCUUGAGCAGAGUCACUGUGAUAGCACACAGCACAGCUUCACAUCUUAUGCCUUUCUGAUGGGUAGCCUUGUAUGCUCUGAGAAAGAUUUGAAGUUGCUUGGCAAACAACAGAUUCUCAUCUAUGAAAAGGACAAACGGAAAGAGGCUUCUGAACUAUUCGGGAAACUCUGCGUGGCUGCGAAACCAAUGGACUCCUAUUAUAGGGGGCUUUUUGAACAUGUGAAUGAGUACAGAAGAACCCAUUGGCUUGGAUUUUGGCAGCGAUUGAAGCACAGUCGUGCAAAAUCUCCUGCUUCACUUGUGGUGUUCAUCUUGGCCAUUAUGCUUAUUGUUCUCACCUUUGUUGGAGCAUUUUUUUCUGUACUCACAUUCUGUCUCCACCAUAUAUAGGGAAGAUGAGGAUCUUAUCCUCAAACAAAGUGAGAAAAUAAAAACAUGAUUAUCUUCGGUAUCCAUCAAAUGUAGCAAAGAUGAUUAAACACUGCAUUCUACUGUA